AUGCGAAGAAUCGCGUCGUUCACUGCUGUGUUCCUCGCUGCCGCGGCACAGGCCAGAUAUAUUGUCCCCGGCGGCCGAUGGCGAGAUACCAACGGGGACCUGGUCAAUGCGCAUGCUGGCGGUCUUCUGUAUGACGACAAGUCGAGCAAGUUCUGGUGGUUUGGCGAGUACAAGAUUGAAGGCCAGACGGAGGGUGGUGGUGUCUCAGUGUAUAGUUCGGAGGAUUUGGCGACGUGGGAGCCUCAUGGGUUGGCUUUGAAACCGGUUGAGGGACAUCCGUACAUCUCCCCCAAGCACAUCAUCCAGCGUCCCAAGGUGGUCUACAGUGAGGAGUCGAAUCAGUAUCAUAUGUGGUGGCAUGCAGAUAAUUCCACUUAUGGAUGGCUUCUGCAAGGAUUUGCGACUUCCGAUAACAUCACUGGGCCCUAUACAUUUGUCGACGCGAUGGCACCGCUAGGCAACUGGUCGCAAGACUUUGGGCUCUUCACCGACUACAAGGACGGCCGCUCGUAUGCGCUCUACUCGAACGGCGACAGCAAGUAUGGACGCGAUGUUUACCUUACCGCGUACAACAAGAACGUCACCGCGCUAGAGGAAGUCGUCUACCGGUUCCCGAAGUUUGACCUGGAGGCGCCGACCAUCAUCCAAACGGAGAAGAGCUACUGGGCGUUGAUGAGCCACAAGACUGGUUACCGGCCGAACAAUGUCGUUGCGUUCCGCGCCGACUCGCUCAGCGGUCCCUGGUCCCAGCCGUUCAUGGUUGCUCCUCUGAACACACGCACGUUCAGCUCCCAGUCCGGUUUCUCCCUCCGCAUUAAGGGGACGAAGAAGACGACAUACUUGUAUAUUGGCGAUCAGUGGGACUCCAACUCCCUUUGGGAAAGCCGGUACAUCUGGCUUCCGAUGGAUAUCGACGAGAAGAAGAAAACGCUCGACCUUGUCUGGAAUGACGUCUAUGACCUCAACGUGAAAACUGGAGAAUGGAAAGCCAUCCGCGGCAAGACAUACACCGCCAGCAAGGCCAAGACGAACGGCAAUGCUUAUAAACAGGAAGCUAACUUUGCAACCGACGGUGUCAUCCUGACAGGGAUCUACGGCAAUGACAGCACGGUCACCUUUGAGGGCAUUGAAGGAACUGGCAAGCCACAAUGGGUGUCUUUCUACUACCAGAACACCGAUGAUAUGGGUUUCGGCGAUCAACCGGGAGGCUCCCCCGAUCGCAUCGGUGGCUCAUGGCAGCUCCGUCGCAUUAGCAGCGUCGUUGUGAACGGGAAUACUUCGAAUGUGGAAACGCUUUAUCAGAGGGACACCCACAAGAGCAUCAUUCUGUCGGCGCCUCUGCUGCUAACGCUGGAGAAGGGCUCGCAUAAUACCAUUACAGUUGGGGGAUUGUACAAUGGAUUUGAUUACAAGGGGGCAGAUCUGGAUAAGAUUGUGGUUUAUCCGCCUGAGCAUUGA